UAAAUCAGUCUUACUUGAACAUUUAACCUGUUGGUGCCAUUUUUAAUAUAAAACCCACUAAUUCGUAUAAGUGAUGCUGUUUUUCCACUUUUGCUGGUCGGCUGACAUUUCAGUGAUAAGGUCACCAUGAAGUCAUUUUUAUUAACCUUGAACGUCAUUUUUCUAAUACAACCGUACAAUUUUUCUGAGGGUGCAACCUCCGAAUGUACGCUAACUGGUAAUUCUCUGGAAAACCUAACUUCAAUACUGACUACUUGUAAAGAAAUCUCGAUAGCAAAUCUUCAAGUUCCUGCAAACGAAACGCUCGCUUUACACGCUCAGAAUGAUUCGAUUAUAACAUUCGAGGGAAAUAUUACAUUUGGAUACAAUGAAAGGACUGGUUUUCUGAUGACUAUUCGGGGAAAUAAUAUCACAAUUGUUGGAGCUCCGGGACAUUUACUUGAUGGUGGUGGAGCCAGAUGGUGGGAUGGUCUCGGUGGAAAUGGUGGAAAGAGAAAGCCAAACUUCAUUCAACUCCGGCUCAAAAACUCUUUGGUCAAAGGGUUAAAUGUAAAAAAUAGCCCCAAACAUUGUUUUAGAAUAAACUACAGCGAACAUGUAAUCUUAACUGAUAUCACAUACGACAAUAUAGAUGGCGACACACAAGGAGGUCACAAUACGGAUGGUUUCGGCAUAUCCAAUUCAAAGAACGUAACAAUUACAAAUUGCAUCGUAUUUAAUCAGGACGACUGCUUCGCCAUAAUUUCGGGAAGUGGGCAUGUUUUUACAAAUAAUUUCUGUUAUGGAGGUCAUGGAAUAUCAAUUGGAUCUGUCGGAGGACGUGAUAACAAUGUCGUCGAAAAUAUCUUUAUUAAAAACAACACAGUUGUGAAUUCUGAAAAUGGAAUUCGUAUAAAAACCAACUACAACACCACGGGCAUUGUUACAAAUGUUACUUAUGAAGAUAUCACCAUUGAAAAUAUUACCGAUUACGGUUUCCUUAUUCGUGGGGAUUAUUUGAACGGUGGACCGACUGGAGAGCCCACGCGUGGUUUCGAGUUAUCCCAUUUAACCUUCCGAAAUAUUCGUGGUACAGUUCAAAGUGGGGGAACUAAUGUAUACGUUUUGCUAUCCAAUGGGGUAGCUUCAAACUGGACAGUGGAAAAUAUUAAAAUUGUUGGUGGACUCAAAAAAGAUGUUCAGUGUUUAGGAAUUCCUAGCGAUUGUAAUCUUUCCUGCAAAGACCAUAACGGUGGUACUUCGCAAUAUCUCUCAUUAUUCUUGUUAAGUACUUUAAAAUUUUUAAUUGUUUUGCGAUAGUGGUUUUUCUUGUAUAUCAAAAAAUUUCAUUUGUUUUGCGUCUACUCAAUGAAGUCUGAAUUUGUCCUAAAAAUCUGCUGUUUUACGUCUAAUACUAAUGUUUGUCAGUUAUUUUGUCUACUAUUUUCAGUAAAGAGUAGAAAACUAGAUUUCACUUCGUCUGUUAUUGUUCUUCCAACGAACAAAAUCAGAUUUUGUACUGUAAAUGUAUUUAUGCUUUUUUUUAAUCGUUACUGUUUUAAUUGCUUUAUGUAUUUCAUUCUCCUACAGAAUGGAAAUGUAAAUUAAUUUGAAAUACCUUAAUAAGACCGUAAAGGGACUUGUCUAACACUUGAGAUACUUCAGUAGCAGCAAAUAUCCAUUAGAUGGUGAUACACUAGCUCCAUUUUGAUAUAAUGUACUCCUUACCUGAAAUACUUAUAACGACUAUUACAAUUCACUUGAGCGAUAUACAUCUGAUACAAUAAACGAAAUAUUAAGGCAAUUUAA